UGAACUCCCAUACAUAAUACAUGUCCAAUUCUUUAUAUAUUAAUCAAAAAAUUAGCAGUCCUAAUAAAACUUCCUCCACCAGUGUGUGUAAAUAAAUCCCAAAUUAAAAAGGCUCCAAUCUCGAACGAAAAUAACUAACCCAAACCAUGUUUGGGUUUCUCAGCUAUUUCUCCAUCCUCUCCUUCUCUCUCCUGCUCUCUCUUCCCUGUUUUCCCGCCAGAACUCUACCUUACCCGUCAACCGAAUUAACCGCCCACCCAGACCGACACAACGACACGUGGCGAGACUUCGUCAAGUUCCUCGACGCCGGGAGGGGGAGCCACGUCAGCGGCAUGUCGGAGCUGAAAAAGUACUUCCAGCGGUUCGGGUACCUCGAACGGUUACCCAAACCGAACUUAACCGAUGUCUUCGACGACCGCUUCGAAUCCGCGGUCGUAAAUUACCAGAAGGCCCUCGGUCUCCCCGUCACCGGAAAACUCGACUCUGGCACCGUUUCCCAAAUCAUGGCCCCGCGUUGCGGCGUCGCCGACCCCGUUCGCGCAACAAAGCGCUACGCGUACUUCUACGGCGAGCCGAGGUGGGCCCGUUCGCCUCCUCCGAUGACGUUAACCUACGCGUUAUCACCCGAGUAUUCCAUCGAUUACAUAGCUCAGUCGGACAUAGAAUCGGCGUUCGAGAGGGCGUUUUCGCGGUGGUCGGCCGUGAUACCGGUGAAUUUCACGGCGGCGGAGGACUACUGGGCGGCGGACAUAAAGAUCGGGUUCUUCGGCGGGGACCACGGGGACGGGGAGCCGUUCGACGGGGUGCUGGGGGUGCUGGCACACGCUUUCUCGCCCGAAAACGGGAGGCUCCACCUCGACGCAGCGGAGACGUGGGCCGUCGACUUCAGGUCGGAGAGGUCGAGGGCGGCCGUCGACUUGGAGUCUGUGGCGACCCACGAGAUCGGGCACGUGCUCGGGCUGGCCCACACUCCGGUGAGAGAAGCGGUCAUGUAUCCGAGCCUAAGUCCGCGGACGAAGAAGGUGGACCUUACGGUUGACGACGUGGAAGGAGUCCAGUUCUUGUACGGGUCUAAUCCCAAUUUCAAGCUCAGCUCUUUGUUGGAGUCUGAGACGUCUUCUUCGAGCCUGGCCGUUGGAUUCGGAACGGGGUCUUUGUGGGCGGCUGCUUUGGUCAUGAUGGUUUUGACGUUUGUUUGGUGGUGGUGAUCAUUAUUCUUUCAAGUCAUUAUCCUUACUGAGGCUCGUGAAUAAGUUCUUUACGAAUGAACUGAAUUGCGACUGUUCUGGAAAAGUUUCAUUAACAUCCGACGGUCACGAUACAUUUUCGUAAAACUUUAUUUACGGAGCUUUGUGAAUAAGAUUCUCUUAUUCAACAGUCCGGGAGUACCGUCACGUGGUACUCCGAACCAUUUUACAACCAUACAUUUUUGCGAGGUUCAUUCACUUAGUGAUAUACGCUACAAAAAUAUGUGAUUGUAAAGUGAUCUAGAAUACUACGUGGUGGUACUUAUGAACAAUUGUAUAAUUUCACUUUUCUUUCUCUUUCAUUUUUUUUUUUUUGGGUCCCAUUGAUACUUUAAACUGUACAUACAAACAUUCACAAAUCAGUGGAAUUAAAGAAUUCGUCUGUUUCUUCUC